ACAUGCAAUUUACACGACACCUAUACUUGGUUAGUAUUCAAAGUGUCGUCUAUCAUACAUCACAUAAACGGUUGUUUGUUUUUAUUUAACAAGCUAACACUUUCCUCAAGAAAUAAUGGUUUAAUCCCAACUUCAUCACUUCAUCAGUCACUCGACCAGUUGCAACAUGGAUACCUGUGCAAAGAAUACAUAUGCUGAUGUAGUCUCUGAAGCAUUAUUUACAUUUCAUCAAGUCAUGUGUAGCAAAGAAACCAUAUAUCAAGUUGACCAUGUGUCCAUGGUUAUGGUCAUUUCUUGGUGUAAAGACUAGUUUACAUGUAGGCUCAAACCUAAUUAUUCACUUGGUUAAUUCCCCUGUAUCCAUGUAGAAUGUUCUAGAACGCCUCUCAAUUGUUAUCAACUUUGCCUGUUGUUAUGGUGACCACAUUCUAAUUUCACACCUUUUUGUUUGUGACAGAAUUAUUCUGGGGUGGAAUAAUUCUGGGAAGAAAACCUGAAGUGUGUUUUUCAAACAUGAAGUGGUCUGUCAGUUAGAGGCAUCGUUUAUUUCAAACAUGAAAUUGUGUAAUGUAUGAGAGCAGUAAAGCCAGGAGAAAAAAAUACAUGAACAUAAUCUUUGUAUCUACCCAGCAGUAAGUAUUUUGACCACAUUGUGUUUUGUGUAAUCACGUUGUAGGCUAUAUGACCCUGUUUUCACUGGUCAUUUGAAAGUAUUACACUAGAUGUUGUAUGUAUUUUGUAUGCCUUUAUAUCUGUUUAUGCUUUGAAAUGAAUAUGAAUACAUUUAUCCAUGUGUGCUCAAGGACAGCCCACUGAAGGAAGAUGGAUAUGUAUGAGAACCUUGGCGUCGUGGGUGAGGGGAGCUAUGGUACAGUGAUGAAGUGUCGACACAAGGAGAUUGGACACAUUGUGGCCAUCAAGAGGUUCAAUGACAAGGAAGAGGACAAAACCAUGAAAAAGGUUAUCAUGAGAGAAAUCAAACUUCUGAGGAAAUUUCGCCAUGAAAACCUUGUGAACAUGCUGGAGGUAUUCCGGUUCAAGAAGCGCUUGUAUGUUGUCUUUGAGUACAUUGACCGCACAGUUCUGGAAGACCUAGAGAGAUAUCCUCAUGGUUUGGACAGCAAGCGCCUCAGAAAGUACAUGUUCCAAAUUCUACGAGCCAUGGAUUACCUUCACACCAGCAAUAUCAUUCACAGAGAUGUCAAACCUGAGAAUGUUCUUGUCUCUAACUCUGGGGUGGUAAAGCUCUGUGACUUUGGGUUUGCCAGAGCCUUGGCACCGACUGGGGAGCCUCUCACAGACUAUGUGGCCACGAGGUGGUACAGAGCCCCAGAACUUUUAGUGGCAGACAACACUUACAGCAAACCUGUAGAUGUGUGGGCCAUUGGCUGCUUGAUUAUAGAGAUGGCUACAAGCAAUGCUUUUCUGACGGGGACUUCUGACCUGGACCAGGUGCACAAAAUAGUCAGCAAAGUGGGGCCUUUGACCCGUCAUCAGCAAGACCUGUACUUCCAGAACCCCAUCUUUGCUGUGGCCAGCCUUCCUGAGGUGCAGCUCCUCAGGGACCCCAGGAGGAAGUACCACAAACUCCACUUCUUAGUGGCUGAAAUAGUGGAUUCAUGCCUACAGAUUGAUCCAUCUCACAGGGCUGCGUGCUCCAUGUUGCUCGUUCAUCGGUACUUCACCAAAGACGGGUUCGUUGAAAGAUUCAUACCAGAGAUACAGGCAUUGAUACAGAAAGAUGCCAAGGUUAACAGCAUGCACUGGAUUCAUAGUAGCUCAUGGGAGCCACCAGAGGACCAAGGAACAGGAGUCUUGUCCUCAUCCUCAUGUAACAGAAAGCCAGUGAAGGACACUGAGAAGGACCGACGUGGGAAGGAGCCUGAGCAGAAGCAUUCUAGGGCAGGCAGGAGGUCAGAGAUCAGGAUGACCUGCAGCCCUGUCUCAUCUCAGACAAACAGACAGCCCUUUACCUCCACCUCUACCUCCAUCCCAGACCCCCCUCAAUCUCAGGACAAGGCUGUAGCCUUUACCAUGCCCCGCAUCAACGCCAGCAACAAUCUUUUUGCUGCUGUCCCCGUUCCAUGCUGUAUGGAAGUCACCAAAUCCCGCACUGAUAAGAUAAAGAGACGGCCGAGCCCUACUGACCUGGCCAUGGGGAAUAGUCAGCUGACUGAUGCCCUGUCUCAGAGUGACAGCCAUAAUAACCUCCAGGUUGAGAUGUCCAGUCUGGCUAAAAAGAAGGUGAAGUCAGUGAGAGACGUGAGAGAUGUGCGCUUCCCUGGACUUCCUGUGUUCGGCCACCAGAUGGAGCUGAAGUUUACAGAUGCAAAGCACUCGAGGAAGGAGCUGAAGAGCAGAGGAAGAGAAGAAGACUCCAGAAUACCAUCAUUGCCGUCAUCCGAUUUCACUGACCACGGAAAUAAGUAGGAUUUGGAGGGAACAGUACUACCAUUGAGAGUUGAUCUGAAUUCUUAACUGGGUCCUGGCACAGGAUUGACUGAAGAUAAUAAAAAUAAUAACAAUAAAUGUUUUAGACACACUUGGUUUUUGUGAUAACAGAGCAUCUUUAACUUCAACAGUUAGAAUAAUGUAUUUUUUUGUUCCACUUUUCAGUACUUUAUCCACUGUGCCCCACCAACCAUUCAAAAAGAAAGAUAUUGAAAUUAAAGAUACCCCCCCAGACUGUUGUUGAGAUUCAGUUGGCACAUCCGCAUUUGCACUGAGUUGCCAUCUUACAGCAACAGCAAAAGUCAGUGGCUGCAUUUCAAACUCAUAAAAGACACACACCCUUGUCCACUUACCCUCGCCCUAUGCCUUUGGGGAAAUCUCCGCGGCCAUAGUUGUCAUCGGUCCAGAUGAUAGGCUAAGCAAGGGAAGUUUGCAAUGUAUCCCCCUUAGCCCUCGUUUUUAAUAGAGUUUGCGAGUGUACAAUUAUGUUCACUUCGGGGCCUGAAACGCCCCAUAAUUAGAUUUGUGAAGAUUGUACAUCCGCUAAUAAAAGUCAGACCAAAACAUAAAACCUCAACGUCAUUAUACAAGUGUAAGUAAAACCGAAUGUAAAUAAGUUAGAAAUUGUGCUACUAAUGCACAAACACGUUUCAUAAAGUAAUUAUGUUUUUGUUUGGUUAGCUUUCGGAAAUGUUCCUUCUUCAGAAGU